CAUCUUUCCUCAGAAAAUCCAUUCCUUGCUGCCGAAGAAUUAACAGGAUGCUCUCCAAUGAGUCUUUACAUCCUCCUGCAUUUAGCCGCUCCAACUCACAAGCCUCCGUAGACAGCAGCGCCUCUAUGGAGGAUUUCUGGCGUGAAAUAGAAAGUAUUAAAGAGAGCUGCAUGGGAGGACAAGAUGAGCAAACACCAACGGAGGUCAAGCCUGUGGAUGAAGGAGAACUUGAAGCAGAAUGGUUGCAAGACGUGGGUUUGUCAACUCUGAUCUCAGGCGAUGAGGAGGAGGAUGGGAAGGCCUUGCUCUCUACAUUGACUCGAACCCAAGCAGCUGCAGUGAAAAAGAGAUACAACACCUAUACUCAGACCAUGAGAAAAAAGAACAAGCAGUCUGUCAGGGAUGUCAGGGACAUCUUUGGAGUCAGUGAAUCUCCCCCAGGUGAUACUUGUGACAAGCACACUGCUCAGUUGGAUGGUACGCAGGAAAAAAAAGAGAUGCCAACAGUUGUCAAAACAAGUGCUUCCAUGCCCAAUGAUGCGUCUCUCAACAGUAUUGCUCUGACAGAUGGGUCCCAGGACAAAGAGCGGAGCUUCGCAGAUCCCCGAGAUGGCUCCGUGUCUAUAUUUGAGACUAUUCCAGAUAUACCGGUUCAUGCCAAUGGAUCGUCAGACCCCGGAGAGAACCCAAUUCAAAAUGCAAUGAGCGAUGAUCAUUAUCUGGAAAAGAACAUUCCACCAGAGGCCGAAGAGCUGUCCUUUGAAAUAUCUUAUUCAGAAAUGAUUACAGAGGCUCCAAAAAGAAAUAAAUUACAGAAGUCAGUGAUUAAGAAAGAAGACUAUGCUUUAACUAAAUUUAUUGUUAAGAAAACCAGAUUUGGCUUAACAGAAGCAGGUGAUCUGUCUGUUGAAGACAUGAAGAAAAUCCGCCGUCUUUCUCUGAUUGAAUUGACUGCCUUUUUUGAUGCCUUUGGAAUUCCACUUAAAAGAAAUAAAACAGAAAAAGUAAAAGGGCGAGACAAUGGCAUUUUUGGAGUUCCACUCACAGUCCUAUUGGACAAUGAUCGAAAAAAAGACUCUGGAGUGAAAGUUCCCCUUGUAUUACAAAAAUUUUUUGAGAAAGUUGAGGAAUCAGGGCUGGAAUCUGAAGGAAUUUUUCGACUUUCAGGAUGUACUGCCAAAGUCAAGCAAUACCGUGAAGAACUGGAUGCCAAGUUUAAUACUGAUAAAUUUAAAUGGGACAAAAUGUGCCAUAGAGAAGCUGCAGUAAUGUUGAAAGCGUUUUUCAGAGAACUACCCACCUCUCUCUUCCCUGUGGAGUAUAUACCUGCCUUCAUCACUCUAAUGGAAAGAGGGCCUCAUAUCAAAGUACAGUUUCAAGCCUUACACCUCAUGAUCAUGGCGCUGCCUGAUGCCAACAGAGACACAGCCCAGGCCCUCAUGACAUUCUUCAAUAAAGUAAUUGCCAAUGAAUCAAAAAACCGAAUGAGUAUGUGGAACAUUUCUACUGUUAUGGCACCAAACCUUUUCUUCAGUAGAAGCAAACAUUCUGAUCAUGAAGAAUUACUGUUAGCAAACACCGCAGCCCACAUAAUUCGCCUAAUGCUUAAGUACCAGAAAAUUUUGUGGAAGGUUCCAUCUUUCUUAAUCACUCAAGUAAGAAGAAUGAAUGAAGCCACCAUGUUGUUAAAGAAGCAGCUCCCAAGUGUAAAAAAACUGCUAAGGCGGAAGACCAUAGAACGAGAGGUUACAAGCCCUAAGACUUCAAAAGUACUACAAAAAUCACCCUCUUCAAGAAGAGUGUCUGAUGUACCUGAAGGAGUCAUAAGGGUCCAUGCUCCACUUCUCUCCAAGGUAUCCAUGGCCAUUCAGCUUAAUAGUCAAACUAAAGCCAAAGACAUAUUGGCAAAAUUUCAAUGUGAGAACAGUCAUAGUUCAUCAGAAUGCAUUAAGAUCCAAAACCAAAGGUUGUAUGAAAUUGGAGGAAAUAUAGGACAGCAUUGCUUGGAUCCAGAUGCUUAUAUAUUGGAUGUAUAUCAUGUAAAUCCUCAAGCUGAGUGGGUAAUUAAACCCCAGUCAAGAUUUUGAAGUACUCUCAAAAAUGGGCACUACCACAUUGGUAGGGGGAAAAGGAUUGCUUUUGACAUGUUGGUUCCUAUAAUCCUCUUGAUGUUUCUGGGCCCCAUGACGUGGUGUCUCCUGGCAUCGUCAACGUGAACAGUGGAAGAGGAGGUGGUUAACCAUUUGAGCUGAAGCUUUCUUAUGCUGGUUCCUUGACUUGAAAAAGUAAAGGCAACGGGAUAUGAUCCAGAAGGAAGACCAACGUAGAAUAUGGAACUUUCAUCAUUUCUAGUAUUUUGGCUUCAUAGGAGAAAUGAACUUGAUCCUAUACCUGGAGAUAAACACUUCUUUAUGUAGCCAAUGCUACCAAACACAAGAGGUGAAUGAGACCCUCUUUUUAUACUUAUAUACGUAUAUUGACAUUUUUGAGCAAUACCCAUAAUAUCCAUAAUUUUUGCUCAGAAAAAUUUCCAAAGGAAAUUCAGUUUCUAAAGUUAAGGAUACAAUAUUUAUGCUCCUGAGUCGCUCCUGAAUUGGAGGAGGAGGAAGUUUUGUUUAGAAAAAAACUGUACCGUGUUUAUACGUUGUGCUGUAUUUUGACUAUCAGUGUUCUGGUGCAAAUGGACAUUUCUGUCAUUGACUAUUGAAACUGAUAUUUUUAAAGCUUAUUUUUUGUUGGUACAUGUCCCCAUAGAGAAGCGUAGUUUGGCAAGAGGUGUCUUGCUUUCACAACUUCCGUUAUAGUCAUCAGGCACAGAGCCUGUUUUCUCCUUAUGAUCUGGUGCUCAGUGAAGUCUGCCCAAGUGCCAGGCACAGAUUUCUUUUUCUCAUCAAACAUGCUGUUUUAUGUAUUUCACAACUGUAAGUAGUCACUUUUGCAGGCACAAUUUUAAAGAUACUGAAUUGUUUUUAUCCAAGAGUGCUGAAAAGCGUAGCCAUAACCAAACUUUAUAUACCGUAAGAGCGAAUUUUGCUUGUGUCCAUUAAUCACAGAUGUGGCCAAACACUGUAGAUUAUCAUCCAGCUUUAAAAACAGACGAAUGUCUGGUAAGCUGGAAACAGUCUCACUAUCAACAUGCUGUGGAGUCAUUUUCCAGAUCUGCAACUGAUCAGAGCACACAGUCCCCUGGAUUCUGAUUUAGAGCAGAUCUAAAAUGUGCUCAGGGAUUGGAUAGAUUUUAUUAUGCCAAUUGCCUUUCAUCUUGAGACACAGAGAUAGUCCUUCUAGAGGUAGCUAAGUGGGGGCAGAGUUCUCGUUUGUCCCAGGGGAGUUCUGUAGAUUGGCAUGCAUAGGUUGAGAUUUUUCUGAAUCAGUUUUAAAGAGAUUUAAGGCCCAAAUGACUCUUUCUCCCUCUUUCUCCUUCUGUCUUGCAAUUCAAAAAAUUGACUAAGAAGUUGCUAACAAAUGCAGAAAACAUUUUAUUUUAUAUACUCACCUAGUCUCAGUACACAGUGUGAUAUAAUUUAAGCCCAUGUGUAGGAGAAAUCUUUCAUAUGCUGUAGUAUACCUUUCUGUCUACACAAAAAUUUACUUAUAUUCAACAUGUAGGUAAUUGCAUUCCGGCCAUUAGGAUGUUUUCGUAUUUUCAGAGAAAACACCAAGAUCCAUUCAUUUGAUUUGUGUAUUUGAGAAUCUUGAUUUCUUUUGCCUGAAAACCCAUUAGAAAGUAAAAUUGCAUUCUGUAGGCUUAUAUUUAUUCCCACGUUUCAUCACUUUGCAAGGUAUGGCUAAGUGAUGGCAUGUGAAUUUAAGUAAUGAAUUCAGAGAGUCUGAAAAAAUGCUAGUAUACCGUUUGCAGUAUAAACAGACACAAAACUUACCCACAAAUGCAAUAAAUAUUUUACUUUCUAUAGAUGCUAAGUCCCAAGAAAUAGGAUGGCAGUAAUUUAUGUCCACACAUAGAAAAAAAUUCUUCAAAUAGCUACUUUAUACUUCUGUGUAUAUACAAAAACCAUGGCUGAUUUUCCUCAUUUCAUUUCCUCUCAUUAGAAUAGCUAGAUUCUGUUACAUUUAUAUAGAAAAAUCACAGAUUUGUUCAUUUACUUUCUUAUUUUAGAAUUUUUAUUUUCUUUUAACUGAAAACACAUUGAAACCUAUACUAAGUUAUAAAGGUUUUUUUUUUUUUUUUAAGAUAUACUCCAACUUGUCAUCAGUUUUAAAUAGCUCACAGAUAGCAUGUAAAGUACAAUGUGCUUCUGAAUUUCUUGUCCACUUUUUUGUGGUUUUAGAUGUCAAAGACUUAGCUAGAUCAAUAACUUUAAAUGAGUCACUUCAGUUUAUUCAAUGAUAUGUAGCAACUUUCAAAUAUCUAUAAAUAUAGAAGGCCAUGUGUCAAUACCAAUAUCGUUGGAUUUAACUCUUAUUCUGAGGUUAACUGACUAGAGAGGAAUUUUCAUAGACACAUAACGAUAAUAUUUAAAAGGUUAGUAAAUAAUUUUAUUCUUGUAAAGAAUAAGCAAACCCCUACAGUUAAUAUUUGAAAAUGCCUGUCACCUAACUGUUGAAAGAACUAUCUUUGUGUCAUCAAAGAGUUGCUUUAAAAUAGUUCAGUAAUCAAUCUGUAAAAGUGAGCAGUGUGUUUGCAACAAGAUGGAUCUGAUACUAAGUUUCUCAUUCUAUUCUUCAUAGCUUAUCACCCCACUCCAUCCCCAGUACUCUUGAUGUACAGUUAGGAAAAGAGUAUAACCAUCCAGAAAAAGAUUAGAGGAAGUUAACAUUUUAGGAAGGCUUAUUCAGAAAAAAAAAUCCUAAAGCUGGCUCAUUUUUCCCUCCAUUCUGCAAAAAAGGAUCCCUUUAUUAAGCAGCUCACUUGGGGGUGUGACUUUUGGAGUCAGCGAUCUUUGAACAAACUGGAAUGUUAAUUUCUUUACAAUGUAUAAACAGUAAAAACUACCUCACUUGCCUUUCUUGGGAAAAAUCUAAUGGGCUUAAACAAUUUUUGUUACAAACCAUUGCUGAGUCUUAUUAUUUAAGUCACUUCAGUUAACUUUCAAUGUACAUCUAAUAAUAUACAUUUAAUGAUGUAAAAUAUUUUAAGCAAAAUCUUUAUAACUAAAAAUACUUUGUAACUGUGAUCUUAUCUACUCUGAAUUUGUGUCCCUUCAUCAUUGUCUUGUGUUCUUAACCAUUUAGAUGUAGGUUUUCAAGUGUAGGAAUUAAUAUUCAUCUUUUCCUUCAGGAAUUUUUCCACAGCUUUCCACGUGAAAAGCUGAAUACUAACAUGAGAUUAAAAUGUCUCUUCUUUCUUUCAAGCAUAUUUGAACUCUUUCUCACAAAUGUAUUACUUGCCUGAAAAGAAUAUUUAUAGGCUUAAGUAGUUCCUAUUUUAUGACAAGCGUUUUUCAACUGUUUUCCUUAAAUAUUUCACUUAAUAAAAUAACAUGGCAUGGAGUGAAAAUAUUUCUUUCAAGCAUUUUCAACAGUUUUACACAAACACACACCAAAUCUCUAAAUUUAAAAAUAACAUCUCUCUAGCAUUUUCUGUUUUCGACAUUGUGUACUUUGAUUGAAAAAUCAUAUAAGGCCAUUAGAUGAAGCCAAUAUUUGUAUGUUUUCUCCCAUCUCAAAAGUUAGUAGAUUCUUUUGUCCCAUCAAUUUUCUUUGUUAAUUAGAAUGUGUAUGUUGCAUUUUAUCCAUAAAA